GGUAGUUUUUGUUAGAAUAAUAUGAUGUUUCGAGAGUGUCCUGACACGGAAGAUCAGCUGGCAAGCUGAAGAAAUGUUGUAAGUCUUGGACAAUCGAAGCGUAGAUGACCAUGAAUCGAUAUAUAACGUUGAAUCAAUUGGGCGACGGAACGUUCGGUUCCGUUGUUCUCGGGGAACGUAUCGAUACCGGCGAAAAGGUUGCUAUAAAAAGGAUGAAGAGGAAGUAUUACUCCUGGGAGGAAGCGAUGAAUCUGCGUGAAGUCAAAUCCUUGAAGAAACUCAGUCACGCGAACGUGGUCAAACUAAAGGAAGUAAUUCGCGAGAAUGACGUGCUGUAUUUUGUCUUCGAGUACAUGAAGGAGAACCUUUACCAAUUAAUGAAGGAUAGGGACAAACUAUUCCCUGAAUCGGUGAUCAAGAAUAUAGUGUACCAGGUGCUGCAGGGGCUGGCGUUCAUGCAUAAACAUGGAUUCUUCCACCGCGACAUGAAACCAGAAAAUUUAUUGUGCAUGGGACCGGAACUGGUCAAGAUCGCCGAUUUCGGCCUAGCCAGAGAAAUACGGUCAAGGCCGCCCUACACGGAUUACGUGUCCACCAGAUGGUACAGAGCACCGGAAGUGCUCCUGCAUUCGACCACCUACAAUAGCCCGAUUGACAUUUGGGCGGUGGGUUGCAUCAUGGCGGAACUGUACACGUUUCGACCACUUUUCCCUGGUAAAAGCGAGAUCGAUGAGAUCUUUAAAAUAUGUUCUGUAAUUGGUACUCCAGAGAAGGACGAUUGGCCAGACGGAUAUCAACUAGCCGCAGCUAUGAAUUUUAAAUUUCCAAAUUUUUCUCGUACAUCGUUGAGCAUUUUGAUACCUAAUGCCAGCCAAGAAGCAAUAAUUCUUAUGGAAGACAUGUUACAGUGGAAUCCUAUAAAGAGACCAACGGCACAGCAAUCCUUAAGGUACCCUUAUUUUCAAAUGAAUCCUGCGCGUGUAAUACAUAGUAAAAAAAUCGGCGUCACGUCUCACAGGGAUCUUGUUCUGAACAAAGUGAAUCUUCCGCCUCCUGUUCCUAAGUCGUACAAUUACUCCCAGCAAGAUAUCCUGGAACACACCUUAGAAACCAGGUAAGAUUAUAACACUUACAUGCGCGAUAGCAAUCAUCAAAAACUAGACGAGGAUGAUUUUGCCGAGCUGUUGGGAAGCAAGAUAGUUCCCGAGAACGCAAAGCUAGCUCCAGAACGAGUGUACAAAGAGAACCGUGCCAAUUGGAACGCGAAUUAUUUGUCAGAGAAUCCAAGGCAAAGCAACGGGAACUGGGUAUUACCAGCGUGGAAUGAGCCAGCUACUAUUAAUUGGAGCCAGCCUCAGCAGAACCAGAAGAAUGGUCGUAAGGUUUCAGCGAAACAACACUACUUCAGCGUGGCACGUUACGUAGCUGGCCAGAGUGCAAGCUUAUCGUCCAGAAACGGUGACCCAGACCCAAACAGACCCAGAUUAAUGCGAAACCUGGUUGCUCAACCGAUGGAGAAGUACGAGGAAUUCACAGACUCCUUCUGGGUGCCUAGGAAUUCGAUCGAGACACAGACGAAGCAGUAUUACCUUCCACGUAAUCGUUACAUCGCUGAUCAAACACUAAGGUUGCCUUAUCCGAGCGUUUACGGUAUGCAGAGUAUCAAAACGGCGAACAAAGGAGCGCUCCAAGCAAAUACAUAUGGAACUGUGGUGAACGCGAAGGGCAGCGGAAGUCUUCAUGGUAGAACCGACUGGGCCGCCAAAUAUCUCAAAUGACUGCUCGAGAGUUAUACAUACACUUAAAUUAGAAUA